UGUCAUGGUGCACUGCAUCCUGCGCAGAGAGGUCCAGGAGGCGGUGAAGUGCCGUGUUGUGGACCGCAAAGACGACGGGAACGGUGAUUCCGGCAACUCCCUGCAGAACGGCCACACACAGCUUGUGUCUGACUUUGAGAAGGAUGCUGACUCAAACCGACCAGGUGGAAUGAAGAGCUCCUCCGAGGAGAAGAUGCCUCCUCCACAGAUGCCCCUGCCCCUCGGCCCAAACUUCCACACCCUUCCAUCCAACCCCAGCAGAAAGUGCCACAUUCCCCCCGUCCCCGA